AACAAGUGCUGUCUGCUACAGGUUUAGCAAUAAAAAUAACAUUAGUCAAGGCCAGUACUGUAUAUUUUUACACAUCAAUUACAUUGGUUGAUGAUUCGUCAUUAUAUAGUUUUGUAUCAAAAUGGCAGAUGCAAAUAAAGAGUCUCCCAAAAAGCUGAAGAAGAAAACGGCAGCAGAUGAGACUCAACUACUAUACUUAGUGACAAAGUAUUUCAAACUUGCAGGAGUGACUUUAGCAGUAUGGUUUGUUGGGUGGACAAGAUUCAGCCCAAGUUGGUUGCUAUUAGGAUUAGUGUUGUAUUUGUGGAAAGAAAGACAUGUCAAGCAGAGACAUCGUAGGAUGAAGAUGAUGCAGCAGAUUGCAGAAAAUGAGAAAGAAGUUAUUUUGGCAACUGUGGAGGAUUUGCCAUCUUGGGUUCAUUUUCCUGAUAGAGAAAGAGCUGAAUGGUUUAAUCAGAUCAUAGACCAAGUAUGGCCAUUCAUCGGAGAUUAUGUACGUGAUUUGUUGAUGACCUCAAUACAAGAGAAGAUUCAGACCAGCCAUGCUCAGGCUGCUUCAUUCAAAUUUCUUAAAAUAGAUCUAGGUGAUAUUCCUCCUAGAAUUGGUUCAAUAAAGGUUAACACCAAAAAUGUGAGGAGAGAUGAAAUAUACAUGGAUUUGGAUCUUAUGUAUGGCAGUGAUGCAGAUAUUGAGAUGAGAAUUAAAGGCAUGACCAUGGGUAUCAAAGAUUUACAUGUACGUGGAGAAUUGAGAGUUAUUAUGAGACCAUUGAUUAGUAAGAUGCCUUUGUUUGGUGGUAUAAGUGUAUUCUUUCUCAAUAAUCCAGAUAUAGACUUCAACUUAACUGGUAUGGCUAAUGCCAUUGACAUGCCAGGAUUAAGCGAUAUGGUAGACACUAUCAUACAAGAACAGAUUGGUGCUCUGAUGGUAUUACCAAACAGGAUUGAUGUUCCAAUGGUUCAAGAUCUUGCUAGUUUGGCAAGGCUUAAAUAUCCACUUCCUGAUGGUGUACUGAGAAUCAAUGUAGUUGGAGCUAAAGAACUUAUUAAAGCAGAUGUUGGAUUACUGAAGAAGGGUCUCUCUGAUCCUUAUGUUGUUGUCAGAAUGGGUGCUUACAAGUUCAAAACUCCAGUCAUUAAUAACACAAUUGAGCCAACAUGGAACAGCAUAUUUGAGACAAUUAUUGAUGCCAAAGAUGGACAGAUGUUGGAUAUUGAAGUUCGUGAUGAAGAUCCCGGAAGUAAAGACGAUUCCCUUGGAACAACAAGUUUACCAAUUGUAACUGCAGCAGAAAAGGGUUCAGAGGACACAUGGCUACCAUUAGAAGAUGUUAAAACCGGUCGCAUCAAUUUGAAACUAGAAUGGAAGUACCUGUCAAAGAAUGCUCUCAUCUUAGAGAAGACACUUAAGGAGAUGGAAUCUAGAGAUAAACUUAGCCAGGAUUUGUCAUCCUGUUUACUGAUGGUUAAUCUAGACUCGGCCAGAGAUUUGCCUAAAAACAAAUAUUUUGAUGGAAAUAACAUGAGGGCAAAGAAAACCAUGUCAGAGCCAAGUCCUUAUGUCAAACUGUCAUUAGGCCAGAGUAAAUAUGAAAGUGCAAUUAAAGCAGACACAGAUGAACCAAGAUGGGAACAGAACUUUAGGUUCUUGGUCCACAACCCAAACUUACAGAAUUUGGAAUUGGACGUUAUGGAGAGUAAAUCUAAGACUAGAAUUGGCAACUUGAAAGUUCCACUGAAAAACCUUUUGGUUGAACCAGACCUAAUCGUUGAUAAAUUCUACAAUUUAGUGAACUCUUCACCAAAAGCUCAGAUUAGAAUGAGAUUGUGUUUAAGGGUUCUUACAUCUGAGAAAAACCAGGCAGACAUUGAGGAAGAGGAAGAAGAGACCCCCGUGGAAACUUUACAGAGUACAGAAUCCUCUGUUGACCCAGUUGCACAGCAAUCUACCACUCCUCAGACAGCUGAUAAGACUGCCAAGGCAGGAAAAGCUGACAAGCCUGUUGUUAAGAAAGUGGAAGCAGUUAAAGUGGAAAAAGUAAACAAAGUGUCUAACAAACCUCCAGAGGGUCAGUUAAUACCUCCUAUGGACUCAUCCACACCUAUCAAGGACUCAGAUGUCAGGCAGAGGAAAUCUCCCUCCACUAACCAAGGAGGAUUAUAUGGACGUGGAAGAAUACAAAUCACAUUAAGAUACUCUACACAGAGACAAAACCUUAUAGCAGUUGUACAUAAAUGUGUGAAUUUGAUACCAUGUGAUACAGACGACAACUUAGCUGAUCCUUAUAUUAAGAUGUAUCUCUUGCCUGAUAAGUCCAACAAAAAGAAGACUCAAAUUAUCAAAAAUACUCUUAAUCCUGUCUGGGAUGAAACAUUUGAAUUCCCAGUGAAGCAAGCUGAUCUGUCUAGCAAAACUUUAGAAUUUUCUGUAAAGAAUGAUACAUCUUUCUAUACCUCCAACAAGAAGUUCAUAGGAAUUGCUCAGAUAGAGUUGGGAAACAUGGACCAAACAAAAGCUGCCACUCAUUGGUUUGAUCUGCAGCCAGAUGAAGAUGAUUGUAAACCAGUACCACUGCCUUCAGAAACAGACUUGUAGACUGUUGAACAUAGAUCUGAUGUAUAUAGUCUUUGUAUGGUUGAUAAAGGGAAUUGCAAUAGUUAUAACUAAGAACAUUAUCUAUAUAUGUGUCUUUGUACUUUUUCAUUGCAUUCAGUAACUUUCUUUGUUUCUUCUUUAUCAAUUCAUGUUUUCUUUGUCCUUUAGCAACGUUCCUGUCUGUUCUUUGAGGUUAUUUUUUAGAAAGGAAUGAUUUGAAUUGUUCUGAAUUUGUAGAAGUACCUCAACCAUAUCCCAACAUGUAUGAUUCAAAUGUUCAGUCAUUAUGUGGAACAGAAUUUUUAGUGACUGAUAAAUUUCAGACAUUGGAAUUACGUGCUUUUCAUGUUAAUGUUUGUAUAAGUUUGCCAAUGAUAAUGCAAGUUUUAUGCACAUUUUUAUGUUGUUAUAUUUUCUAAUUUUAUUUACAAUUAAUGUAUGCACGAAAUAUUACAUCGAUUUUCUCCUAGUGAGAAUCUGUAUUUUAUCUUUAAAAGCAAAAUACUCCUUUAAAUAUAUAUAUAUGGUUUUUCUUGGAUUAGCUUAAAAUACGAAGGUGAAUAGCAGGUCUAAGUUAUUUGUUUUUAUAAACUUUGUUGUUACCAUGAACAAGUAAGUUAAAUUAUCAUCCUUAUCCAGAGGAUUAUGGGUAAUUUUAUUGUUUUUACUGUCUUAUUAAUAACAAAAAAUAACUAUACUAUGCAAAACUAUAUAGAUUGGUUGUGCCAUUAGUGCUAUUAAUGCUAUAAUAGAAAUGAAUAUUCCACAUGAUCUAUUUAGCUCCCUUUAAAGGGUUUUUGGAUAUUUUGGGCGAAAAUUAAGCACUUUGUUAAAAAUCAGUUUGUUGACAAAUAGUUUAAUGUAUAGGUUUUUUCAAUUUGUUUUUCUUUUAUGUUAAUUUUAUACAAUUUAAUAUAUCUAAAUAUACUCAAAGCAUAUGUAUAUAUUUAUAUAUUUGUACCAUAGUUAUACUAAUACUCCAAAACAGUGCUAGCUUAUAUUGCAUAGUAGAAAAAGAUGACCAUUCAUCAGAAUUAGAUAUUUUGGCUGAUGGUGAUAUUUUUAUUAUAAAUGGUAUUUGGACAUGCUUAGAGGUCAAUAGGUGAUAGUUAAUUGUGCUAUCUAUAGUUUUGCUCUAUUUUAAGAGUUAUUUAUCAUUGAUAAAGACUUUUAAUCUGUUACAAUGCUAUAUUAUACAGAUCAACAGAUUCAUAUGAAUCCCUAAGGAGGGGAUGAUUUGUGAUAAUAGUUUGAGGAAAAAUCAAUAUUGGACAUUUCUGGUGGCAAUCACUUAUUCUGCUGUUGGCUCAUAAAGUUAUGUUGUAAACGUUUAUAAAGACGAGAAAGUCUCUCUGUUAAAUAAUAUAUUUCUCUAAAUAAAAAUGUCUGUCAACUCUCCAUGACACCAUUUCAUUAGAUCUGAUAUUUGUUCUUGUUCUGAAUAUGCAUGCAGUUUUUUCCAUUGGAUGUUAAAUAAACAACAAUCAAUCUUAUGAAUCUUAAAAAAUAAAUCAGUGCCAAAAUAUUGGAAUAAAAUGACAAUGUUCUCUGCAUCUUCUCUAGAUAACAUUUCUUUUCUUGUUUUUGUUGAAUUCAACAAAUGGAAUAAAAUGUUCUAGAUUUACUAGAAGGCCUGAUACAUCUGGGCAUUUAAAUGAUAAAACUUGCCAGUUACCUAGUCAGAUGUUUCAGAUUCAAGAAAAGUUAUAUUUAUUUUGGACUGCUAAACAGAUUUGUUCUCUGUUUGAUUUUAUAUAAAACAAUCAUUUGGAUAUUUGUUCUCUGUUUGAUUUUAUAUAAAACAAUCAUUUGGAUAUUUGUUCUCUGUUUGAUUUUAUAUAAAACAAUCAUUUGGAUAUUUGUUCUCUGUUUGAUUUUAUAUAAAACAAUCAUUUGGAUAUUUGUUCUUUGAAUAGUUUAUGUUAUUAUGUUAUGUUUACAUUGCCAUAAUAAUUUUGAAAUAUGUUUUUCUUUUAACUCAAAAUGUCAUAUCAGUAGAGAGAGAGGUUGAAGACAAAAUUUGGAUGUAAGAAAUCAUUAAAGUACACAUACAUGCUUAUUAUAACAAUAUUUUAUUUUCACACACUGACCAAGAAUAGCAUGAACUUGGUUAUAUUUUAAUAAAAUUGAUUUAUAAUAAGUUGGUCUUAGUGUUCUAUCUAUAGAGUAAUUGGACUUCAAAAACCUUGUUUCCAUUGACAAGUAACAUUAUCUUUGGACAAAGAAUUUUAAAAUCUGAUGUCAAACUUAUUUGUUUGAAACAUUAAGAAUUUCAGGUAAACUUUGGGAUAUCCUCCUCCCCUGUCAGAGAAUGUUUCGAAGAUUUUUUUUACAGGAUAAUGCAUGGUAUUGUUAAAAUAAACAUAAUUCAUUUUCUUUUGAAAAAAGAGGAGGGUUUAGGGGUGAUUUAGAUCUGCUUCUGGAAAGUAAUGAAGAUUGCUUCAAAGCUUCACAGUUGUGUUUUAAGAAGAUAUAUUAUUGUUAAAUUAUUUUAAUAUUUUUAUCACUUUAUUAACAAAAAGAUGCAAUUCAUGACAAUUACUUGUGAUAUGAUUGUUAAUUUCUAUUAAAGUCUAUUUAAAUAUUUACAUUACAACAUGUCAGUGUUAUAGAAAACUUCACUUUCAGUGGUUAUGCAAUGUAAACAAUAUUUAUUUUCACAUUGAUUAAAAACAUGCUAUUCAUUAAUGUUGUAAAACUACGCCUGAUAUUAUUAUUGGACUCCAUUGCUAUUAAAUUGGCACAUUUAGUAUUGUAUGCAGUGUAGAUUUACAAUUUGUAUAAUUUUUGAAUUUAUAACCUGUUUUCUAUACAUAAAUGUUGAUUUCAGUGUUAACAAUAUAAUAAAAACACCAGAUAUUUAUCUAAAUUUUUCCUGGUUUAUAGUGAGACAUUGCUGUCAAAAUUUGCUUUAUUAAAGUGUAAAAUUUUAUGGGAUAUUUUUUGUUUUAACAUGCACUUUAUUUUAACAAGUAAGAAGUGCACUUAAAAUGUAGGACUUAAAAGACUGAACAUGCAAUUAUAACCUUAUUAUUUCAUGUAAACAAGAAAAUUGAGAAUUUUUUUUUAACAAUCUGAGUAAAAAAUACAUUUUGUCCCCUUGCUCUUAAAAGUUACUGGAGAUAGCAUAAUUUAAUAUUUUCCUGUAACACCUCUUUGAAUAAGUGCUAUAUUUAGGUUCUGUUGUCCUGUUAACUAUAUAAGAUAUAUAUUUUUCUCAUUUAUAAAAUCCCAAUUUGUUAGAAUAUUACAACAUUGUCAUAUUGUUUUGUUAGAAUUGCAAUUUUCCCCGUAGUAUAUAAAGUCAAUCACUAAACAAGUAGAAAUAAUCUGGUUAUUGUUAAAUUUGGUUGUUGUAACAGCUGAUAAAUUAUCAAUAAAUUAGUUGGUUGUAAAAUAUGAUUUAUGACAUCAAAAAACUUCUAUGAUUUAAGCUUAUACUUAUGAAUAUAUAUAUUGGUCCUAGUAUUUAGGAGUAAUAAUCUAUUACCAUAGUGCUAUGUCUUUUUUAUCACUUGACAUUGCUUAUGUAACAAAACUGUGACAAUGUUGGUAUAUUAUAAACACAAAGUGAUUAUAUUUAGUGGUUGGUAGUAUAUUAACCAAUUAAACUUCUUUCAAAGUA